AAAAUUUUCGGGGCGUGUCAGCUUGUAAAUAAUAAAGCUGUUGCUUCAAACAAACAUCUUCCUGUGACGAAAAGACUCCUGAACACUGAGGACUACCAGAAAAGUCUCUGUCAACACAAUGGCAUCACCAACCAUCACGCCGCUGUCCAAGGCCAACACCACCUUCUCUCUGGCUUUGCUCAAAAAGCUGGGAGAUAACGACAACACUGCAAAUGUCUUCUACUCCCCUUUCAGCAUCUCCUCAGCCCUCGCUAUGGUGAUGCUGGGGGCCGGCGGCAACACACACACACAGAUGUCAGAGUGCCUGAAAACCAAGGACUGCCAGGAUGAAGUCCAUGUCAGCUUUGCCCAGCUGCUGAAGGAGCUCAACAAGGCUGACGCUCCGUAUGCCCUCAAUGUGGCCAACAGGCUGUACGGGGAGCAGUCCUUCCAGUUUGUUGAGGAUUUCUUAGGAAAAACCAGGAAGCACUACAAUGCAGAGCUGGAGUCUGUGGACUUUAUAAGAAACUGCGAGGCAGCCAGGGUCAACAUCAACACCUGGGUGGAAGAAAAGACACAAGGUAAAAUUAAGGACGUGCUGGCCAAGGGUGUGGUGCACAGCUCGACCAUGCUGGUGCUGGUCAACGCCAUCUACUUCAAAGGCAACUGGAACAAGCAGUUUCAGGAGAGUGCCACACGUGAUGCUCCGUUUAGAGUCAAAAAGAAUGACACCAAGCCUGUGAAAAUGAUGUACCAGAACACCAAUUUCCCUCUUACGUACAUCCCUGAAGCCAACUGCCAGAUCCUUGAGAUGCCUUACAAAGGAAAGGAGCUCAGCAUGCUCAUCUUUUUACCAAACAAGAUGGAAGACAGCUCAACAGGUCUGGAGAAGCUGGAGAAGGAGCUGUCCUAUGAGAACUUUGUAGAGUGGACUCGUCCUGACAUGAUGAGGGAUAUUGAGGUCCAGGUGGGGCUACCUCGGUUCAAGAUGGAGGAGAGUUAUGAUUUGAAGAAUGUCCUGAUGAGCAUGGGCAUGGUGGACGCCUUCGACAUGAGAACAUGUAACUUCUCUGGCAUGUCCCCUGCCAACAACCUGGUACUGUCCAAAGUCGUCCACAAGGCUUUCGUGGAGGUCAACGAGGAGGGAACUGAGGCUGCUGCUGCCACUGCUGCCACUGCUAACUCGAUGCUGCCUUGUGCCAUGCGUCCAGCUACCUUCAUCGCAGACCACCCCUUCCUCUUCUUCAUCCGACACAACCCCUCCAAGAGCAUUCUCUUUGCUGGCCGAUACUGCUCCCCCGAGUGA